AUGUUCACCCUCUCUCUCUUUCCUACAACCUUUCCCUCUCUCUCUUCUUCCUCAUCCCUCCCCUUCCAUACUUUCCCCUUCCUUUCUAUCUUUCUCUUUAAAAAAGAAGAAAAUGUUCACCCUCUCUCUCUUUCCUACAACCUUUCCCUCUCUCUUUUUCCUCAUCCCUCCCUUCCAUACUUUCCCCUUCCUUGUUAUCUCAUGAAACCUAAUUUAUCGGAGAAAAUGUUCACCCUCUCUCUCUUUCCUAUAACCUUUCCGUCUCUCUCUUCUUCCUCAUCCCUCACCUUCCAUACUUUCCCCUUCCUUUCUAUCUUUCUAUUUAAAAAGGAGAAAAUGUUCACCCUCUCUCUCUUUUUCAUACAACCUUUCCCUCUCUCUUCUUCCUCAUCCCUCCCCUUCCAUACUUUCCCCUUCCUUUCUAUCUUUCUAUUUAAAAAGGAGAAAAUGUUCACCCUCUCUCUCUUUCAUACAACCUUUCCCUCUCUCUCUUCUUCCUCAUCCCUCCCCUUCCAUACUUUCCCCUUCCUUGUGAAGAUUCCCCACCUCUCUCUUUCUUCUCUCUCUUCUUCAUUCUUUUCCUUCCAUUCUUUCCCUACCUUGCUAUCUCAUCAAAUCUGUCUAUCUAUCGGUCUAUCUAUCUAUAUAUCUCUCUAUCCAAUUUAUUUUAUCUUCGGAAGAAAUUUCCCAAUGGCUCCAAAUGUGACUGAAGAAGAGACAUUCCAAUGCUCGAAAUGCGACCAAUUUUUGGACUUGAUAUCGAAGACAUUAUCGUGUCUUCAUUCUUUCUGCGGGUCGUGUGUAGAGAUGAUUCUUGGAGGAAAUGGCCAGUGUCCCCAGUGUCAACAGCCUGUGACUGGUGACGAGUUGAGACUGGCACCAUUUUUGAGGCCACAAGAAGUCGCAACGGACGCACAACUGAGAAGACUUGUCCGGCAAGGAGAGGGUCGAUGCCAUUCGGGUCAUCACGACGGACGACUGUCGCCGGCACUGCCAAUCCAAGGACGACUUCUGCGUGUGGUACAACGUGUGCCUGUGCGACGCAUGUUACAAGGAUCACAUGAUCGCAUCCCCGCAAUGUCCGCCUCGUCCGUUGACGGUGAGGGAGGAGACGUCAAAAGAGAAGAAGCGCGGCUCCACCCUGGAUCGGGAACUCCGCUUGAAAUCCACAUCCGGGCGACGAACGAGUAG